UAGACAAGCUUACUGUGACCGAGUGGCUGCUUUUUAAGGUUCAAGUAAAGUCUUUUGAAACCACCCCUCAGGUUAGUUCUAUAAAUAAACGUCGGACUUCCAUAUUUUACGAUUUUAAUAUUUCAUAUACAUGUAGUCCGACGUUUUAUCGAAAGUAUGAAUUUCCCGGUAGAGCUUUCCGCAAAAGUUCUUGCGGAAGGUUUUACAAAUUCACGGUAGAAGUGACUUAAAAGCGAUAGCUAAAUACCAACAACAGACAAAGAAACCUAAUUUACACAUCCAUAGCUUUUUUUCAUACUGGAACAGAAAGUUAUUGUCUGAAUAAUGACUGAAUUCUGUGUUCUAAAACUUAUCUGAGUACGUUCGGAUUAAUCCUGAACUAUAUCUGAACAGAUUUUGAAAAUGGUAAAACAAGUCAUUAUUUUGAUACCAGCAUAACGGGGCAAACAAAAGGUACAGUUACAGACAUGAACAAAUACAUAUAGCUAGGCCAUUUCUAUAGAUUACAAAAGAGAAUUUGCACAUGAUCGAUAUUCCUCGUGAACGAAUUUUCAACACAAAUCUCCACAAACCUCUAAGUGAGGCAUAAAGGAGACAUAUGAGAAUACACCUAGAAUAGAAAUUAUGGUUUAAAUGUUAUGUUUAUGAAAGUGGGUGUAUUUACAAGGAGUUAUCGAAAGUUGCAUUCACCAAUAUAUAAAGAUUAAUCUUGUCACAGCUGUCGUCGGAAGAAACUUAUUAGAAUUCGUACAAGAAGAAAGUGAUUUCUAAUUAUGCAUGUAAUCAAAGAGUACAUUUAAAGAAAGAACUGGGAAAAACAUAUAAGAGAGAAACGCUUGAAAUGUCCUGUUUGUGAUUAUGCUUCUAAUCACAGUGAUAUGAAGACACAUAGGAGAAUACAUACUGGAGAGAAAUGUUUUAAAUGUGAUGAUUGUGACUAUGCUUGUAAUCAGAACGGUAAUCUGAAGACACAUAGGAGAAUACAUACUGGAGAGAAAUGUUUUAGAUGUGAUGUUUGUGACUAUGCUUGUUCUGACGGCAGUUCUCUAAAGAAACAUAGGAGAAUACAUACUGGAGAGAAAUGCUUUAAAUGUGAUGUUUGUGACUAUGCUUGUAAUUGGAGCCGUAAUCUGAAGAUACAUAGGAGAAUACAUACUGGAGAAAAAUGCUUUAAAUGUGAUGUUUGUGACUAUGCUUGUAAUUGGAGCGGUAGUCUGAAGAAACAUAGGAGAAUACAUACUGGAGAGAAAUGUUUUAGAUGUGAUGUUUGUGACUAUGCUUGUAAUAAUAGCAGUUAUCUGAAGAUACAUAGGAGAAUACAUACUGGAGAGAAAUGUUUUAGAUGUGAUGUUUGUGACUAUGCUUGUAAUAAUAGCAGUUAUCUGAAGAUACAUAGGAGAAUACAUACUGGAGAGAAAUGUUUUAGAUGUGAUGUUUGUGACUAUGCUUGUAAUCAGAGCGGUAGUCUGAAGAUACACAGGAGAAUACAUACUGGAGAAAAAUGUUUUAAAUGUGAUGAUUGUGACUAUGCUUGUUCUGACGGCAGUUCUCUAAAGAAACAUAGGAGAAUACAUACUGGAGAGAAAUGCUUUAAAUGUGAUGUUUGUGACUAUGCUUGUAAUCAGAGCAGUAGUCUUAACAAACAUAGGAGAAUACAUACUGGAGAGAAAUGUUUUAAAUGUGAUGUUUGUGACUAUGCUUGUAUUAAUAGCAGCCGUCUAAAGAUACAUAAGAGAAUACAUACUGGAGAGAAAUGCUUUAAAUGUGAUGUUUGUGACUAUGCUUGUAAUAAUAGCAGUUAUCUAAAGAGUCAUAAGAGAAUACAUACUGGAGAGAAACGCUUCAAAUGUGAUGUUUGUGACUAUGCUUGUAAUCAUAGCGGUAGUCUGAGGAAACAUAGGAGAAUACAUACUGGAGAGAAAUGUUUUAAAUGUGAUGUUUGUGACUAUGCUUGUAUUAAUAGCAGCCGUCUGAAGAUACAUAAGAGAAUACAUACUGGAGAGAAAUGCUUUAAAUGUGAUGUUUGUGACUAUGCUUGUUAUAACAGCAGUUAUCUAAAGAGUCAUAAGAGAAUACAUACUGGAGAGAAACGCUUCAGAUGUGAUGUUUGUGACUAUGCUUGUAAUCAUAGCGGUAGUCUGAGGAAACAUAGGAGAAUACAUACUGGAGAGAAAUGUUUUAAAUGUGAUGUUUGUGACUAUGCUUGUAUUAAUAGCAGCCGUCUGAAGAUACAUAAGAGAAUACAUACUGGAGAGAAAUGCUUUAAAUGUGAUGAUUUGUGACUAUGCUUGUUAUAACGACGGUAGUCUGAAGAUACAUAGGAGAAUACAUACUGGAGAGAAAUGCUUUAAAUGUGAUGAUUUGUGACUAUGCUUGUUAUAACGACGGUAGUCUGAAGAUACAUAGGAGAAUACAUACUGGAGAGAAAUGCUUUAAAUGUAAUGUUUGUGACUAUGCUUGUAAUAAUAGCAGUAAUCUGAGGAAACAUAGGAUAAUACAUACUGGAGACAAGUGCUUUAAAUGUGAUGUUUGUGACUAUGCUUGUUAUGACGACAGUAGUCUGAAGAUACAUAGGAGAAUACAUACUGGAGACAAAUGUUUUAAAUGUGAUGUUUGUGACUAUGCUAGCUACGAUUGCAGUUAUUUGAAGAGACAUAGGAGAAUACAUACUGAAGAGAAACGCUUCAAAUGUGAUGUUUGUGACUAUGCUUGCUAUGACGGCAGUAAACUAAGGAGACAUAGAAGAAUACAUACUGGAGAGAAAUGCUUUAAAUGUGAUUUUUGUGACUAUGCUUCUAGACGGAGUGAUCAGCUGAAGAUACAUAGGAGAAUACAUACUGGAGAGAAAUGCUUUAAAUGUGAUGUUUGUGACUAUGCUUGUUCUGACGGCAGUUAUCUGAAGAAACAUAGGAGAAUACAUACUGGAGAGAAAAGGUUUAAAUGUGAUAUAUGUGACUAUGCAUUCACUUUCAGGGAUGGUCUGAACAAACAUAGGAGAAUACAUACUGGAGAGUACUGCUUUAAAUGUAAUGUUUGUGACUUUGCAUGUAUUCGGAACGAUGCUCUGAAGAAACAUAAGAGAAAACAUACUUGAGAGAAAAGCUUUAAAUGUGAUGAUUGUGACUACGCUUGUAAUCUGAGCAAUGGUCUGAAGAUACAUUAGAGAAUGCAUACUUGAGGGAAAUGCUUUAAAUGUGAUGAUUUUGACUAUGCUUGUAAUCUGAGCAAUGGUCUGAAGAUACAUUAGAGAAUACAUACUGGAGAGAAACGCCUUAAACAUAAUGUUUGUGAUUACGCAUCAGAUCAAGUUAUCAUUUAGUAAGACAUUAGAGAAUAAACACAAUGGAGAAAUGCUUGUGAUUUUGCAUGUAAUUGUUGUAGCAGUCUAAGUAUAUAUAUGUCAAUUCGUACAGGGGAGAAAAACCUUAAAUAUGAAUUUUGUUGUAAUAUGUGUAAUAAAAGUUCUGAUAUGAUAAGACAUGUAGUACUACAUACGUGAGAGAAACGUUUUUAAUUAUGCAUCAAAUCAAAGUUCUGCUCUGAUAAGACAUACAAACAUAUACACAGGAGAGAAAUGCUUUAAAUGUCCUGCAUGUGAUUUUGCAUAUUAUAAUCCUAGUAGUCUGACUGCACAUAUGAGAAAACAUACAGAUGAGAAAAAAUUAAUAAAAGUUCUAAUCUGUUUAUACAUAUUUUAAUACAUACGGGAGAGAAAAACUUUCGUUGCAAUAUUUGUGAUUAUACAUCAAAUCAAAGUUCUCAUCUGGUAAGACAUAUUUGAAUACUUACAAGACAGAGAUACUUUAAACUUCCUGCUUGUAUUAUGCAUGUAAUUGUCGUAAUAGUCUAACUAUUAUAUGAGAGUACAUACAGAAGAGAAAAACUUUAUUAUGUGAAUUUUGUAAUUAUGCAUCUUAAAAGGAGUAAACUGAAAACACAUCGCAUUACAUACAGGAAAAAAAAAUGAAUGUGAUGUUUAUGAUUAUGCAUCUAAACGAAGGGGUAAUCUAAAAUUACAUAUGACAAUACAUAAAGGAGAAGGUUCACUUUUGCCUCAAAAUGGCCUAAAAACUGAAACUUUCUAAAUGGAGUAAAGAACACAUUUUCUUUCAUCAAGAAGUAUUCUUUUAUCAAACUGUACGAAAUAAUUUACAAAAUAUUCAUUAUAGAAGAAAACAUUUGACCUAACUGUAAAUACGUUUACUAUUAUGGGUAUGGGAAUCCUUCAGUUUUUAUCAGAAUUUUUAAACAAAUCUGAAAUUUUCACUACGAGCACAGCUGUCGAUCACAAUCAAAAAAUGACCAUAAAUUCUGUGAAAGAAGCUGGAUCUGGUCAAAAUAUUUUUGUGGUCCUUGAGUGUGCUCACUACUAGAAAUAUUCCUAUGUGACCUUAAAUAUGGCAAAAAUUGCCAAUUUUCUUAAAAAUCUGCAAUUUCAGCAAUAUUCAGUGAUAUGCGUAGAACAAAAUAAUAUAUCUGUUUAUAGAAAAAAACUUAAUUCCUUACAACAGAUAAACAUUCUGGUAGCAAACAAUAUAUAGUUUUUCAAAUUUAAGCCAGUUUGAAAUUUUUCAAAAUAUAAGGCUUAAGUGAACUUUGUCCUUUGAUGUUUGUGAUUAAAAGCAGUAUUUUGAUGAGACAUGCAGUAGUCUGGAAAAAAUAAUUUUAGAAAACAAUAUCUUGAACCUAAAUUGACAAUUCCUGAAGGGAAUAAAGUCUCUAGUGUAUAUAAUGAUAUAUUUGAUAUUUGGUUUGAAUACACCCAAACUUGUCUAUUAAUAAGAUAUCAAGAUAUUUUUAAUAAAUAAUGUUCAUUCUGAUUAAAAUCAGUUAUUAUAUGUAUAUAGGAGAAACAACAAGUUACUGUGGACAAGAAAACCCGCCCGCUUAGCUCAGUAGGUAGAGCGUCGGUCUACAGAUUGCGGGGUCGAGAGUUCGAUCCUCGGGCGGGGCGUAUGUUCUCCGUGACUAUUUGGUAGACAACAUUGUGUCUGAAAUCAUUAGGCCUCCACCUCUGAUUCAUAUGGGGAAGUUGGCAGUUUCUUGUGGAGAACAGGUUUGUACUGGUACAGAAUCCAGGAACACUGGUUAGGUUAACUGCCGCCGUUACAUGACUGAAAUACUGUUGAAAAACGGCGUUAAACCAAAAAAAAAUAAAAAUAAAAAAAAAUAAACAAACUGUGGACAAGUGAAAAACAAUGCACAAGACCCAGAGGUAAAACGGAAAUUAAAUCACUGUUUUUAGCUCACCUGUCACUUAGUGACAAGGUGAGGUUUUGUGAUCACCCUUCGUCCGUCGUCAGUCCGUCCGUGUGUGCGUCAACAAUUUCUUGUCUGCACGAUAGUGGUUUCAUUUAUGAUUUUGUUUUAACCAAACUUACACACAACUUGUAUCACCAUAAGAUCACGGUUCCUUUCUUGAACCGGCCAGAUCCCAUUAUGGGUUACAGAGUUAUGGCCCCUGAAAGGGCCAAAAUUAGCUAUUUUGACCUUGUCUGCACAAUAGCAGCUUUAUGAUUUGAUUUUUACCAAACUGGCACACAACUUGUAUCACCAUAAGAUCUUGGUUCCUUUCUUGAACUGGCCAGAUUCCAUUAUGGGUUCCAGAGUUAUGGCCCCUGAAAGGGCCAAAAUUAGCUAUUUUGACCUUGUCUGCACAAUAGCAGCUUCAUUUAUGAUUUUAUUUUAACCAAACUUGCACACAACUUGUAUCACCAUAAGAUCUUGGUUCCUUUCUUGAACUGGCCAGAUCCCAUCAUGGGUUCCAGAGUUAUGGCCCCUCAAAGGGCCAGAAUUAGCUAUUCUGACCUUGUCUGCACAAUACAUGUAGCAGCUUCAUUUAUGAUUUGAAUUUAAUCAAACUUGCAUAAAACUUGUGUCACCAUAAGAUCUUGAUUCCUUUCUUGAACCGGCCAGAUCCCAUAAUGGGUUCCAGAGUUCUAGCCCCUGAAAGGGCCAAAAUUAGCUAUUUUGACAUUGUCUGCACAAUAGCAGCUUCAUUUAUGAUUUGAUUUUAACCAAACUUGCACACAACUUGUAUCACCACAAGAUCUUGCUUCCCUUCUUGAACUGGCCAGAUUCCAUCAUGGGUUCCAGAGUUAUGGCCCCUUAAAGGUCCAAAAUUGGCUUUUUGCAGCCAUAUAGAGACAUCAUUUAUGGUUUUAUUUGAUACAAACUUCCAAAAUAUCUUCAACAACAAUAAAUCUUGGAUUCCAUGACAAAUCAGAUCCAGUCGUAGGUUCCAGAGUAAUUUUAUAUCUGAUUACCUCCCCUGAUUGUAAUCAAAAUGGAUUUAUAUCAGUAAGUCCUUAUAGGACUUAUUUGAAAUUUCAUUAUUGUUAUUAGUUUGACUGAGACAAUCAGGGUAGAUAACUAUGGACUGAUUUUAUGUCAAAUUACCUCCCUUUAGUUCAAACUAAAAUGGGUGUAUGUAUCUCCGUAACUAAUGAAGAUACUGAUCUGAAAUUUCAUUUAUGUCAACAGAUUUAUUUGGCAGAUCCUUCUUUUGUUCACUUACAAUAUUUUUUUUUAAUUACUUCCCUUUUACGAUACUAUAAAUAGCUUAUUUUUAGUAACUUUUUUAUUAUUGGCCGUAGGGAAAAACCGAGACCACUUUUGUGUGGUACAACAUGGAUGGUACCUCCAAUUUUUAGGUGUAUUUUGACAUAUCUAUACCUUGUAAGAUUUUUUGGUUAAAUUUUUUCCCUUUGUUGUUCCUGCCCUUUGGAUUUAGGCAUUUUUUCUGAGGACCUUCUUGUCCUCAAGUGCAAUGAUAACAGGUGAGCGAUAUAGGGCCAUCAUGGCCCUCUUGUAUAUUAUUGUUUUACUGGUAAUUAAAUAGUGACAUGUGUUUACUAAGUAUUGACACCCAAGAGGAUCGCUACUGUGAAAUAUGUAAUAGUCAUAGUAUGUGUGAGCGUGUGUUACCAUGAUAUAUCAGAGCUAGGGGUAAAUCAAGGGUAUUUUUCUCUGCACAUGUCGUCGAGGCCGAGACAGAUAUGUGCAGAGAAAAAUACCGAGAUCAUAGCACACGAGCAUUACGUAUUAUAACUGUUUUAUUGCAUAAAUUUAUAUAUCAUUUUCAUUUAUAUUUGUUUAUUAUUAUUUUUACACUUUUGUUUCCCUUUCUGCGCCUCGCUGACUGAAACACAAAAACUUCUGUUUAAGAUAAUGUGUUCCCCAGAUAAAAGUAUCCAACAGAUUUCAGCACUGGUUUUAAAUCUUUGCAUUUCAUUGGCCAAACGUAUUGUAAAACUUGUUGUUUCGUUUGUGAAAAAAAGCAAAGAAAAGGAAACAUUUGAGAAAACUCAGAAUUUUAUAUAGUUCAUGUAAUUCUGAAUUUGGCAAUAACUAUCGAGUCUUUGAAACAGUCUAGUUUAUUUACCUAGUGUCACCUAGUGACAUCAAAGAAACAAAAUUCGAUUCGUUUCUGUAUGAAUUAAUAUUCGCAACGAAUUGCUGUAGCUCUGGUAAUAAUUAAAAUAUUUUCUUAAAUUAA